GCCUUCUUAUAAAGAUCUUCUUUUGUUUCUUUUCUUUUCCUUUUUUCUCUUUCUCACAGUUUUUUGGGGGGUUGCCUUGCUUUUUUUUUGCCUUAUAAAAUCAUUACCGGUUUUAGCGAACAAGAUGCUACGAGUGUAUUCCGUGCUUUACCUUGAACACGUAUGGUCCAGCCUUCGUGAUUCACCCAGUGCCGCAACCCUUUCAACUACCACUUUUCCUUCCGGCAACACUGAACAACCACAGGAAAUCGUUCCUUCGCCUACUCACUCUUCAGAGUCAUCCGUAUCCGUGCAGAAUGCGUUAUCGCAUGCUCACCAACAAUGUGAAGUACAGGAACCCGCCUCUGUUACGGACAAAACAUCCCAUGUAGUACCACGAAUCCAAGAGGGCGACAAAAACGAACUAUCACCGUUGAAGAUCUUGCAUCAUGCAGAUCAUAAGCAUGCAACAGAAGCGGAGCAACAAUCAAUACCCGAUUCACAAGAUGCAGUAAACGACCACCACUCACCUUGGAAUGAAACAACAACCGAUGAAAAUAAAGUCAUCAUUGUGGAUGAAAGUCUGACAGAAAGUCCGGUAGAAACGAGCAGAUUAGAGGAAGAAACGGCUUCAUCUUCUGCGGUUGUAAAUACGUACAGCCGAAUCGAUUCACAAAGAGUGUCAUCGAGUGCCUCGUCCUCCGUCAACAGCAUGCCUCCGACUCCGACCUCCGUUCAAUCGCCGCUUAGCAAAGGCAAAAAUCGACUCCGAAAGGAAACCGGUAAACUCAACGUGAAGCGCAAGACAUUUACAAAGAAAAUCAAACGUGCCUUCUCCGUCAAGCGCGAUUCCAUGUAGUAUCUAAGAAGAAGAAAGAGAAAACCCCCUUUCCAUUGUUAUGUUUAAACAUCUAUAUAUCAUUAUUUUUUAUUCUAUUUUUUUCGGUCCAAAACCCUACUACUGUAUAAAAGAGCCUUUUUCCCAUUUUUUUCUCCUUGGUUUUUAGUGAACCUACCUUAUCGUUAUGGCCUGUAACCUGCUUCAACAGGAAAAAAAAAAAUCACACCCUAAACAGUUGGAAAAUGACAUUCUG